UCUUAUUUCCUCAUAUACUCUAAAAUCUAAUUACAGAGAAUAGAAUAUGUGAAUUAAUCAUUUUAAAAAAAGCAAAUAAAAACUAUUGGGGUCCUGAGAAUAUAAAACAUACUUUAUCAAUAAUAUUUUUUUAUGUAUAAUAAUUUAAACACAAGCAAACACAGAACAUUGAUGUCAAUGGGCCUCACUAUUUCAGUUUAUUAUAUACUCUUUACGUACGGCAUUAAGAGUUCUAUUUGAGUUCGACACGAAUUUUAAAAAGAAAGUGGAUGAAAUAAGAUAGCGGAACGUCCUACCCAUUUGUAUAUUCCAUUAGUUUUAUAUGUGGGUGGGAUGUAUGAUCUAACUACCAUUCAAAGUAAAAGUGAACCGGAACUCAUAAUCGCAGAUUGACUAAAAUUGUAAAUCGAAAUAGGAGUAACUAAUAGCGGAUAAAAUACUCCUAUAUUUUUAAUAAAUAAUCAAAAAUUAAAUUUGAUGAAAAAACAAAAAAAAAAUUAUUUUCAAGCAUCACGUUUGACCUUGACUACAUAAUAGUGCCUCAUACACAUCAACUAUAAUACUACUAGCUUUAAAUAUAUCAAAACAAUAAUCCUUGGUAGCCACGUCAUCUAUAUAUACCCCUUCACACCAAUUUUGUGACAUACCUCACAAUUCACAAAUAUGGGCUCCUUACAAAACCAAUCCAUGAACGAACCUCUUCUCCACUCCAAGACGCCGCCGCCGUCUCCGCCAGCGGUGGAGACGGAAGCCAGCUCAGAGCUCGAACGAAUUCUAUCCGACCCCACCCUGCCCCCUUCGCGCCGCUAUCAAAAAGCCCUCAUAAUCGAGAUGAGGUACCUUUUCCGGCUGGCCGGCCCCGCCGUCAUAGUCUAUUUGCUAAACAACAUUACUUCAAUGUCCACUCAAAUAUUCUGCGGCCACCUCGGUAAUAUCGAGCUCGCCGCCGUUUCCCUCGGCAACGAGGGCAUCCAGCUCCUCUGCUACGGCCUGAUGUUGGGAAUGGGGAGCGCGGUGGAGACGCUGUGCGGGCAGGCGUACGGGGCCCACCAGUACGGGAUGCUGGGGAUAUAUAUGCAGAGAUCGACGGUUUUACUGAUGCUGACUGGGAUUCCGUUAACGGUGGUUUACGUGUUAUCGGAGCCGAUCCUGCUCUUCCUGGGGCAGGCUCCCGAGCUGGCCUCGGCGGCUUCGCUGUUCGUGUACGGGCUGAUCCCGCAGAUCUUCGCGUACGCGGCCAACUUCGCGAUACAGAAGUUCCUGCAGGCGCAGAGCAUCGUGAACCCGAGCGCGUACAUAUCGGCGGCGGCGCUGGUGGUGCACGUCGUGCUGACGUGGGCGGCGCUCUUCGUGUUCGGGUGGGGCCUGCUGGGGGCGUCGCUGGUGCUGAGCUUCUCGUGGUGGGUGAUCGCGGGGGCGCAGUUCGUGUACAUCGUGAGGUCGGACAGGUGCCGGAUGACGUGGACCGGGUUCAGCCCGGCCGCGUUCACCGGGCUGUGGGAUUUUUUUAAGCUGUCGGCCGCGUCGGCCGUCAUGCUCUGCCUUGAGACGUGGUAUUUUCAGGUGCUGGUGCUCGUCGCCGGCCUGCUUCCCGACCCCGAAAUCGCAUUGGACUCUCUGGCUAUUUGUGGGACGCUUCUUGGAUGGGUUUUCAUGGUGUCAGUAGGGUUCAACGCCGCAGUAAGUGUGAGGGUUAGCAAUGAACUCGGUGCCGGGCACCCAAGAUCCGCGGCUUUUAGCGUGGUGGUGGCGACCGGAACAUCACUACUAGUGGCGGUGGUAUUUGCCAUUGUCACUUUUUUCCUUCGCCACAAAAUCAGCUAUGCAUUCACCUCGGGCGAAGUUGUGUCCAACGCUGUCGCAGACCUUACGCCAAUCCUCGCUGGCGCCAUCGUGCUCAACGGAAUCCAGCCUGUUUUAUCUGGGGUAGCUGUUGGAUGUGGAUGGCAAGCAUUUGUUGCAUAUGUAAAUGUGGGUUGUUACUAUUUUGUUGGUAUCCCUAUCGGAGCAGUUCUUGGCUUCACUUUCAACCUUGGUGCUAAGGGAAUAUGGUCAGGGAUGCUAGGAGGCACACUAAUGCAGACAUUGAUAUUGAUUUGGGUGACUGCUCGUACCGAUUGGGAUAAAGAGGUGGAGAAAGCUAGCGAUCGAAUAGAUAAAUGGAAUAAUACGAAGGAGAGAUUUUCAGUUGAAUGAUUACACAUAUUUUGUGGAAUAUUGAAAUUGGCACGUCAAUUUGUCAUGAGGAAUUAAUUUUUUAUGUUAUGUACCACAUGUUUAGAUUUGUAGACAUUAAAUUUGUUUACUUAUUUAUAUGAGGUUUGAACUAUACAUUAAUAUUCCUUCAGUCCUGCAAGAGUAUACAUUUUUUUCUUUA